CUCCUGCCUUCCCUGCUUUUUACCUGUGCAAGUCGACUUCCCCUCGUUCAGCAAACAAGAGGAGGAAGGACUAAAAAGCAGAAACUCCUGAGUCUUCAAAGCAAAGCAUCGCGCGCUACGCAACACAACCUGCCCUUCCCUCGUGUCUGUCUGUCUAUCAGUCUGUUUGUCCGUCUAUCUGUCAGCCAGUCAGUCAGUCUGUCUGUUUGUUUGUCUGUCUCUCUGCACCCGAAAGCCCCAGUGAGGAUCCCGCGAUGCUCCUGAACCGCUGCAACACGCCCUGACCUCAUCCGAACGGCGCAUCGCAACUUUCAAACCCAAAUGCAACUUUUAGGACUUUUAUUCCCAAUAUGCAAGCUCUCGACUUUCUGACGCGCCUUUUGCACGCGUGUGGCAUUUCUGACAUCGUGUUGCGAGUGGGAUAAAAAAGCGCACAGGCGCAGAGGCUGGUGGAGAUAAAUUCAGUGGGAGAUGAGAUGAGAUGAGGGGGGCUUGAUUCCGAUUCCUAUCUCAACUCUGAUUGAUUACUUAUUAGUCACCCCCCUCCCUCCCUUUGGAUCCCAGAUCCGUUCAAAAGGCAACGUGGAGCGCAGAAAUGAAUGCACUGCCAAGCGCGCUUGCGAGCUCCGAUCCGAACAGAAGACUCACUUUGGUAAGCAUGAGGAACAUUGUGCUGCUUUAUACAGACUAAUCAUAAGAGCGCCGGUGCUUGGGUUUGUUCAACUCGGACUCGGAUCUUCGCCUUGACAGCUGCUGAGAGGAAAAUCUAGAACUUGCGUGCGUCCUUGCACGUUUCCAAAUCCCCCCCUCCCCUUUCUUUCUUUUUCUGGAGAUAAAAAACAAACUAACGAAAAACAUUAUGAAAGUGUGGACUUUCCUGCCGUGGCUUCCUUGCCUCGUUAUCCUAAUCCUGUGCGUCGGGUCGGAGUGCGGCCCCGUGUGGAGGAAAGGUCGGUCCAAGCGAGAGCUCGUGAAGCUCCGGGAGGCUCGGGCGAACGUGCCGGGCGCGUGCGCCACCCGCCUUCCACGCGGCAAGCGCUCUGUGCCGGGGCUCGAGCGGCGUCUGCCCCGCCAGCGCCGGCGCGCCUCCGCGACAGACGAGAGCGACGACCCGUCCGUCUCAACCUCGUCUUCCGCGCACGGCCACGCUGUUUACUUCACGGGACGUGGAGACCAGCUGCGCCUCAGACCGGCGGAGGAAAUCCCGAGAGGAAACUUUACGCUGGGGAUGUGGGUGAAGCCCGAAGGAGGACAGCGCUCCCCCGCCGUGAUUGCAGGUCUUUUUGAUAAGUGUUUCUAUGCUUCGAGUGAUCGGGGUUGGCUACUGGGUAUCAAGACAGUUAGCGAGCAUGGCAACCGAGACCCUCGCUUCUUCUUCUCUCUCAAGACGGAUCGUGCACAUAAGGUCACCUCUAUCCACUCCAACGUCCCUUACCUGCCUGGUCACUGGGCCCAUGUGGUAAUCACGUAUGAUGGCAUUUAUAUGAGACUGUUUGUGAAUGGCGCUCAGACUGCUGUCAGCAGAGAACAGUCUGGAGAUGUCUUCUGCUCUCUUACUAAGAAGUGUAAGGUGUUGAUGGUCGGUGGAAAUGCCUUGAACCAUAAUUACCGAGGUUCUGUUGAGCAAGUGACUCUGUGGCGUCAUGCCCUCUCCCAGCGCCAGAUCAUAAAGGACAUGCAUGGUCAUGAGGACUCUCAUUAUCAAAUGGAUCUCAUCAUCCGGGAAAAUUUUGAGCACCCUGAGCGCAAGUGGCUGGUAGUGAAGGAUGGGAAUUUCCCACAGCCGGACAAAGGCCCUCGGGCUGGGCUGACCUCUCUGGACACGACCCUAGAGCCACCAGCCUGUGGGCAGACAGUGUGCGAUAAUGUUCAGGUUGUGCACAACUACAACCACUUUUGGACCUUCCGGAGACCCAAGAUUGUGCGGUACCGUGUGAUCAACGUGUACGAUGAUGAGUACCGUAGGCCAACCGUGACUGAUCAGCAGAUCUAUUUGCAGCACCAGGAAUUGAACGAAGCCUUCGCUAUGUACAACAUCACCUGGGAGCUGACAGUUCAUAAUGUUAGCAACUCUACGCUGCGUUCCCGGUUAGUUCUAGCCAACUGUGAUAUCAGUAAAGUGGGAGACGAGGACUGCGAUCCAGAGUGUAACCACACCCUGACUGGUUUUGAUGCCGGAUACUGCAAGCCCAGAGCCCGCUGUGCUGAGCACAAGCCAGGCAACGGUGUGUGUGAUCUAGAAUGCAACUGGGAUAACUUUGCCUACGAUAAAGACGACUGCUGUAACCCCAAUAUUACCGACGUCACCAAGACUUGCUUCAAUCCUGCCUCACAUUUAAGGGCCUACCUGGACGUGAAAGAGUUAAAAGAUAUCCUCAGAGUGGACGGCUCUACACACCUGAACAUCUUCUUUGCCAAUUCCACUAACGAGGACCUAGCCGGAGUAGCCACCUGGCCGUGGGACAAGGAGGCCCUGACCCAUCUUGGAGGCAUCGUGUUAAAUCCGUCCUUCUAUGGCACCUUUGGACACACUCACACCAUGAUCCAUGAAAUCGGACACAGCCUGGGCUUGUACCAUGUCUUCAGGGGCAUUUCAGAGAUCGAGUCCUGCAACGAUGCCUGUUUAGAGAUGGAGCCUUCGCUGGAAACUGGGGACUUGUGCGCCGACACAAACCCCACACCGAAGUACAAGCACUGUCGAGACCCCGAGCCUGGAAAUGAGACCUGUGGCUGCAGCAACUUUAUCCACACACCUUUCAAUAAUUAUAUGAGUUACGCAGAUGACACUUGCACGGAUUCGUUUACUGAAAACCAAGUGGCUCGCAUGCACUGCUACUUGGACCUGGUUUAUCAGACAUGGCAGCCCAACUAUAAGCCCCCUCCUGUCCCCAUGGCACCCCGUGUGGUGGAACAACGUCAGGACUCGAUCGCUGUGGAGUGGUUCCCUCCAAUCACGGGCCACUUCUAUGACAGAGAAGUGGGAUCAGUGUGUGAUAAAUGUGCCGAAGGCCGAGUCUUUCUCCAGUAUGCCUCUAACUCCUGGUCUCCGCGUCCCUGCUUGCCUUCAGGACACUGGAGUCCACGGGAAGCUGAAGGUCCACCAGAUGUUGAGCAAGCAUGCGAGCCAAGUGUUCGUACUUGGAGCCCACACAAUGGCAUGGAGGUGGGCCUGGUACCGCCACCGUGCCCACUGCAGGGCUGCAUGCUCCAGCUGGAAUUUGCAUACCCGGUCAUUCCUGAGUUGCUCACAGUCUGGGUGACAUUUUGUUCUUCAGAGGAGAUGGCUCUUCCUGCCAUCCACAACAUCAUAUUGCUUUGUGUAGGCGGGCAUAACCUCUCUCUGGGACCCAGCGAUGUGUUCUGUGACACGCCUCUGACCAUCAAGCUGGACGUAAAGGAGAAGGUGUACGGCGUGCAGUUCUUCACCAUGGAGCAGCACCUGGAAAUUGAUGCCACUUUGCUCACAUCUAAGCCCAACUGCCCUCUGUGCCAGGAUUGUGAGGAGCUGCAUUACAGACUCCUGCGGCAGCCGGCGUUCGGUCACUCUCCCAAAGGCAUCGAGCUCAGUGACGCGGCACGCAGAUACGUGGACAGGGACGUGGUGUAUGGCGUGAUGUACACCUACCAGGUUCAGACGAUCUCCAGAUGGGGAGACAGCGAACCGUCUCCUCCUCUAUUCCACCAUCUUGGAGCACCAUACUGUGGAGAUGGGAUCAUCCAAAGUUCCCAAGGAGAACAGUGCGAUGAUAAGAACAGCGUAAACGGGGACGGCUGUUCGAGUCGGUGUAGGAAAGAGCCGUUCUUCAACUGCGUAGGCGAACCCAGCAUGUGCUACUACUAUGACGGCGAUGGAGUUUGCGAGGACUUUGAACGGGAGGCAAGUGUAAGGGACUGUGGUCUAUACACCCCGAGCGGUUUCCUGGAUCAAUGGGCCACGACGGUUGAGACGUCCCACGAGGAAAGGCUCUACUGCCCAGCCGAGGUGGCAUCGGGAUACCCUGCGAUCACCAAGACCUGCCAGUCCAAGGUGUAUGACUUGUCUCAUGGCAUUUCCCAGUAUGCCUGGUUUCCUUGUCGAGAAGCCCAGCAGGUUUCCUGGUACCUGGUUUCCCGCCCAUACUGGCUGAAGGCGUUUUUCUCACACCCGAUGGUAGCCACGGCAGUCAUCAUCCACCUGGCGGCAGAUGGGACGACCAUUUUUGACUCGGUGCAACCUCAGACGCAGUGCAACAUCUCUGUGCAGCUGGAGGACACCAAGGACAAGAUCCACAACUUAGGUAAUUGGCGCCUUAGUUGCCGCACCAACCCGCUGGUGAUCCCCGUGAGUCAUGACCUCAGCAUGGCUUUCUACCAUACCAAGGCUAUCCUCCUGAUAUUUCGCUGCCCAUUGGUGGCCAUCUCCGGUGUGGGUCUACGUUCCUUCCAGUUUUUCGACCCUAUCACCAUCAGCAGCUGCCAGAGCAAUGAGAUCUAUAACCCCAUGGGCCAAAGUUGCGUUCAUUACUCCUGCGAGGCCAUCGACUGCCAGGAGCCGAAGGUCCGCAAUGCAGAGCUGCGAUGUAGCAGUGGCUUUUUCAACGGUGCCCGAUGCACUGUCACAUGCAACAGUGGCUACGUGCUGCAGAUCCACCGGGACGAUGACCUCAUCAAGAGCCAGUCAGGAUCUACGGUGACCAUGACCUGUACAGAUGGCAAGUGGAACAAGCAGGUAUCCUGUGAGCCUGUUGACUGUGGCCUUCCUGACAAAUACCAUGUCCACCCUGCCAACUUCUACUUUCCUGAGGGUACCACCUAUGGCAAAAAGUGCACCUUCCAGUGCAGGGAACCUGCUCAGCUUGUAGGAACUAAUAACACACUGACAUGCAUGGAGGAUGGCCUGUGGUCCUUCCCAGAGGCUUUGUGCGAGCUGCGUUGUCCUGCGCCUCCCAUCAUUCCCAAUGCUGUAUUGCAGACCAAACGUUGUAACGAGACUGGCCUGAAAGUGGGCUCACUUUGCAAGUACAAGUGCAAGCCUGGAUACCAUGCCACCAACAAGCCCAAGAGACGGGCAUUUAAGAUGCAGUGCACAGAGGAUGGCCGAUGGCUGGAGGGAUCAUGUGAGCCGGUGAUGUGUCCUCCACUUCCUCCAGUUUUCCAUGGCAUGUACCACUGCACUGAUGGCUUCCUGUUCGACAGCAUGUGCUGGCUGCAGUGCCACUCUGUCAAUAGCACGGCGAAGGCAUCCGCUCCCUGCAAGCAGCAGGGACCACACGCCAACAUGAUCCGCUGCAGGAAAGACGGAAACUGGACAGGAUCUUUCCAGAUCUGUCCACAAAUACAGGGUCAGUGUGCUUUACCGCGGAACCUGAAUACAGGAAUCCGGCUCGGCUGCAAGAAAGGACACGCUAUAGGAGCAGAGUGUGAGCUUUCAUGCAGGGACAUGAACAGUGAUGUGGUCAUCCUGCCUGACAACAUGACAGCAAGUGAUGUUCUGAAGCACCACUGGAUGAACCCACCCAAAGUCACGCAUAUAACAUGCACCAUGGGUCUGAAAUGGUACCCUCAUCCCGAGGUCCUACACUGCAUCAAAGGUUGUGAGCCUUUCCAGGGUGACAAUUACUGUGAUUCCAUGAACAACAGAGAAUAUUGCAACUAUGACGGAGGAGACUGUUGCCAAUCGACUGUCAAGACUAAAAAGGUGAUCUUCUUUCCAUCAUCGUGUAAUGCACAGACUGAUUGCGCUUGCCGGGACCCCAAAGCACCAGAAAACAGGAAAGAUGAGCAUGUAUACACUCUGGGCUGAGGGAAAAAAUGCAGCCAUGGAAAGCCCAGCUAAAGACUGGGUUCAAGCAAGAUAUUCUUCCAGAUAUGCUGCUUCACAAGUGUACCUCUCCUGUCCUGUCUCACUCCUUCAUGUCAGCGUGUCUCCCUGCUAGCGUCUGUCACGUCUUGGAAGGUCUACCCAUCUACAACUCAUUGGGAAGAAAAAGAAGAAGGAUAGAAAAAAGAAGGCAGGUCUGGGUGUAAGAAUAUACCCAUUUGUAAAAAAAAAAAAAAAAAAAAAAAGAAGGAAUUUUUUUUUCUCAUCAAACUAGAAAAAAAGAUGAUAGAUUCUGGUUAGCAUGCCUAUCUGUGCCAGCUUUCAGCAUUCACAUUUAUUCUGCUCAAGUUUGCUUGAGGUUGGCUGUAAUCCCAAGGUGAACGGAAACAUUUUCAAAAUGUGUAGUCUUGACACCACAAGGGCUUUUUUUUGGUCUGAAAAAACAAAACAAAAACAAAAAAAAAUGGCACAUUCUUUAUACUGAUACGGGGUCGCAAAGGGUACUAAAGAAAAGGCGGUCCACGCUGGUAAUACUUCCUGCAUCAGCCAGAAAACAGAUUUCAGGUAUGUUUCCUUGAGCCAUUUGAAAUUCUCAGCUUUCAAAAUGUCCAAAAUAUAAAGGACCUAAAAUUUCAAGUGCUUUCGGAAACGUUGGUAGUUAACAAAAAAAAAAAAAAAAAUCAUUAGCAUUUAAAACUGGUUACUCACUCAGUUUCCCUAAACAGAUAAGAUUUAAGGUAUAUGAUAAUAUCCACUCUACGUAUCCAACCUAAUAUUUAGCAGGUCUUCAAAGACGGCAGUUGUUUUGACAUAAACCCAAUACCAACAUGCGAGUGAACUUGCCAUAUUAGCAUGGCUUCAGUUUCUGUUGCUGCUACUCGCCAUCACGGCUAAUCUUAGUUUGUACGGAGCUGCGGUUUAAGACUGCCUUAAGAGUUACCUCAAAAUGCCAGAUUUAUCCAACAGUUCUCAAUUUAUGACCUGAAGGAUUUCAGUUAUAUAGUCUGCAUACAGUUUGAAUGUAGAGACGGAGUCAGCGUGUUCAGCCGUAUCACCAGCACUUAUCCAAAAAUCCGAAAUCUUUUCAUUUGCUAGAUUAACAUUGAUCUUUCUCUUUAAACUGUCUGUCAAAAAAAGUCAAAGAUCAGAGCAUACUUGUGCCAAAUUUUGUACACCAGCAAUUCUCGAAUGGGGUCCAUGCACUAGAGCCAGGAAAUAACAUCCCACCAUUAUUAAAGUGCUUAUAUUUAUAUAAAGUUCUUAUCUAGAGAGAUAUUAGUCAGGUUGACUGGUCCCUAAUGAAAUGGGUGGAAUCCAAACCUCGACAGUAAGUCAGCCUACGAACAACGUCCGCCCGAAACCCCGACCGUGGCAUCGUCACGAUCUUUAGCGAUCUUUUAAUUAUCUUAGAUCAAAGCUUUAGUUGCUGUAUAGCUUAAUGCUAGUUAGUCUGCAUACCAUUUCUCAAAUUGUGUGUUCAGCUGAAUCCACAUCUGGACAAUUAGUGCUGGUUCAUAGCAGUAUCCAGUAUUAGCAUCCAAACCAGUACUAUUUAAUACAGGUGUUUGAAAAUGUGUGAUGUUUAAAAAUGCCCUGAAUUUUAGAAAUUUGUAUUUGGUUUCCUGUUUCCUCCUGCUUUUAAACCCCAGAUUCCUAAAGCACCGUACUGUAUUUCCACCGACGGGAAGUGCGUACGGCUCUAACCAGAGAACCUCGGGAAACACACGGAUGAAAGCGGCACAGAUUCUUUAGGCAUAGCAAACCAAGGAAGUCAUUCGAGGUGAAUGUCACUGUAAAUAGUUCAUAGAGGCUUAUCAAGACAAUGAUUGUUUUUCGUAGCGCUUCUAUUAGUCAGAAAACAAACAAACAAACAAACAAACAAUCAAACAUCAGUUUUCCUUCGUUUAUAUUUCUUAAAAAAAGAGAAAAGAACAGAAAAAAUUCACUUUAUGUAUCAGUAAUCAGUAUUUGUAUUAAUGACCUCAGAUACUGCACUUUUGAGUAGCCAUUAAAGGGAAAGACUCCAAACUUUUAGGAAAAAAAACAAAAAAACGCUGCUAUUGUAAAACGUUGAAUUUAAAACAAAUGAAAAAAAAAAAAGAAAUGUUAUCAAAAUAUGGUAUUGUGAUAUUCCUCUCUUUGUGGUUAUUGUGUUUCACCCGGUUUUAGCUAUCGAACGGGACAAAACUCAUCGUACGUUAGAUUCAUGUGCCUCGUCUGGAACCUCGAAACCGGCUUUAAAAUCCAUACGUAUCGUUCAAAGAAGGAUUUGCAUCGUAAAACAUCGUAUCGUAUUUGUCGUAUAUGCAUAUUUUUUGGAAGUGUGUUUGAUGCUAUCAGCCUUUGGCACAAAGACUUGUGGAAUAUUGAAGGAAUUUUUUUUUAAUGAAGGAAAUUAAGUUAAAAAAAAAAAAAGAAAAAAAGUGAACCACAAAAAAAAAAAAAAGAAAUAAAAAGAAAAAAUCUCACUGAAGAAAAGCCAGUUUAUUGAAUAUAUAUUAUACUGAGAGUGGACAAGAAAUAUUAUAGAGAUUUUUUUGGUUUGUUCUAUAGUCCUGAAAGAGGAUUUAUUAUGUUAUUAUAACAGUGAUAUGUUAAUGUACUCUGUAUGGACCAUUUUUUUUGCUUCAAAAGCGAGACUCAUCAGCAAUCAUUACGCAACGGCAAUUUUUCCACGAACAGGACUUCAGGUGACAGCUGGGAGAGCCAAAGCUUCGUCCUUCCACGUGUUUCUCUCCGGUCUACCGUUCAGGAGGCGUGAUCGAUCGAUCGCUUUCCUGCCUCUUUGUAUUUUUCCACAAGACCAAAAUCCGAUCCGUGUCGUCGCUUUACAUUCUGCUUCUGUCCCCAUCUUCCUCUCUAAUCACCCUCCCUUCAUCCCUCUCUCUCCCUCUAUAAAAAAAAAAGGAUGCAGUCUCUAAAGCCAUAUAUGUUGAUGUUUCCGACGGGAUGCUCGACUCUGCUGUACACACCACGGGAUCUCUGUCUGUACCUCAUGCCUGUAGUGUUUGCUGCUUUUAUGUGUGUUUUUUUUUUGUUUUGUUUUGUUUUUUUGUUUUUUUUCCUCGUCAUUUGUGUCUCUCUGCGAUAUGUUACGGUGUACAUAGUAGAACUAUUUAUUGAGAGUGUUAUACUUUUUUUAAGUUAUAUUUUUAAUUUUCAUGUAAGUUAUUUUUACAUUGGUCCUAUAAACGUAAAAGAUGAAAAAAAAACGGAUUGUUUGGAGGGCUCUGAUUUCUCUUCAAUGUUUUUGUUUCGUAUUCUGACGCUCACUAGAGGAAACGGAGGAAAAAAAUCAAAAAAUGAAAUGAGCAAACACUCGUUCACCGGUGCCGAUUUAUCCGGUGUAAGAAACGAAUGCGUUUUUUUAAAGGAAAAGGUUAAAAAAACAGUGAAAAGGAGUAAACUACAAGAUUCCUUAGCGGUACGUAAGUACGCAGUUAUACACAAUAAUACACAGUUGCCAAAAGAUCAGGAACGUGAUAAUCACAAAUCGACAAAGAUUCAAAUUCCUCUAUUUUAUAUAUAUCGUAACAUCUAGACAUUUCCGAGAUCUUUGCUUUCGGUGUUAAAUACGCUUUGUUACAGUCUUCUGCAUUUCAUUAACUGUAUUUUUUGUUUCUUUUCUUUUUCUAAAAGUAAAUAAAUAAAUAAAUAAAUCAC